AUGGAGACAACAGUCCAUGAUCCACAGGAAGCAACGUCAACUGACAUAGUCGACACAUUAAUAGCGGGAGGUGGUAUUGCCGGUCUUGUUGCUGCCUUAACUCUUCAUCGAGCUGGUUAUUCUGUUCGGAUACAUGAGCGUAUGGAAAAAAUAGAGCCCAAUGGAUUUGGUGUUACUCUGCAGCCUUAUUCGGUCAAAUUACUUUUUGAGUUGGGCUUAGAGAAAGAAAUGGAAAAUGUAGGCAUUCAACCACUUAUGGCUGAAUUCUAUACACGACAUGGACAACUCAUUUAUAGAGAUCCUAGGGGUAAGAAUGCAAAGUUCAACUGGCCAUUGUAUACUGUACAUCGAGGAAAAUUUCAAGAAGUGCUUCUACGGCACAUUCGUAGUGAAAUAGGACAGAAUACUAUUCGAUUAGGUCAAAAGUUAAUUGCUUUCCGUCAACGGCCAAGCCAUGUUGAAGUAGAUUUUGUAAAUCCUACAACUGGUAAAAUCAAUACUGAGCGUGGCAAAAUUCUCAUCGGCGCUGAUGGUAUUCAUUCCACGGUGCGUCGACUUCUUUUUCCUAAUGAAGGUCCUACUUUAUGGGAUGGUAUUGCUGUAUGGAGAGGUGUCACACCCGUUAAGAAUUUAUACUUAGAUGGACGAACCAUCAUUUUUAUGGGCAAUCCAAACGAUCGCGAGUUAAUCAUAUUUCCCGUAGAUGAAUCUAACCUUAACUGGGCACUGGCUAUUCGGAAAGAAAAGGCAGGCAUAAGACCAACACCAAUCAUCUCCGACUGGGACAAUUUAGGUAGAAAAGAAGACGUAUUACCACUGGUAUCGGAUCUGAAAUUGAGCUUUAUUGAUACGGAAGAUCUUGUCCGUUCGUCCACAAUUAUUAAUGAAUUUUUAAUGACAGAUCGAGACCCUCUACCGCAAUGGUCUCAUGAUCGGGUUACUUUGAUUGGUGAUGCGGCACAUCCGAUGUAUCCAAAUGGAGGCAAUGGAGCAUCGCAAGCUAUUAUUGAUUCACGCGGCCUCGUACUUGCUUUUCGUGAGUUUGGGGUCACCCCAAAAGGCCUACAACAGUAUGAUGAGCUACGUAGGCCAACCUCGACAAUUUUUGUGAAAAUGGCCAGACAAGCCGGUCCUGAGAAGCUAUUGAAAUUUGUGGAUGAACGCUCAAGAGAACCUUUCGGAAACUUGUCGGAUAUUGCAUCUCCCGAAGAACUGGAAGAGGUAGUAGCUGAUUAUAAGCGCGCAAUUAACUGGAGUGCCGAAAAACUCAACCAUGAGCCACCGUUAUUUUGA